AUGGACGACGACGAUUUGACUGCGUCCCAUUGGGAUGACGUGCUUCUGCCUUCAACAAGAUUUGGCGCUCCAGCCACGAUCCCCGCGCACUUGGGCAACCAAUUUGCCGACUUGAGCCUAGAGGAUCCACAUAAGGCCACUGAAGACGAAGAAGAGGAAGAUCUCGAAGAAGACGACAGCAAAAGACAUGACACAAACAUCAAUGAAACCACAGCUUAUGACUCUAUUGCAGAAGGGGGCUUUGGCACUGGCCACAUACAUCACCAUCAAGCUGAACUAGACCAGCUUCAUGAGUUAAGAAAAGAAGAACGUAAUGAACAAAAAUCUGCGUUGAUGUCAGAACUUACGCUGGGUUCUGCUCUUGAGGACUUGGAAACUUCGAUGGCGAAGGCACCCGAUAUAAAUCACUCUGGACUCUUGUUUGGUGAUACUGACAAGAUGCUCACUCAGAGUGACGCCUUAGAGUCCUCUCGCAUUGAUCAUGUCACGUCUCCUAAGAAGGCUCUGCAACUCAAGCAGUCCCAGUUCAAGGCUACACGACCUCGAAGGUAUCCACAGGAAACCGUGGUAAAGCAAUUGAAAGCCGAAGCAGGGGAAGUUGAUCCGUUGAGCGUGCUUGCGAAUACGUCUAAUGGGGAAGACGCUGAAAAUCCAACAAAACGCUCAAAGAAAGCAGAUGACUUUGUAAGGGAGUCUAAUGCACCAUUAUAUGACAUUGAACACAACACGGGACGAGAAGAAACUCAAGCAUCUGAGACUACGGACGAGCACUCAAAAGAUAGCAGCAAUCAUAAGAAAAGAAAAGCAUCUUUAAGCACAGAAAUUUCUGUUGGUAACCCGGUGAAAGUUGGAGACAUCACCAAUGCUCACAUCGUGUACUCAAUAGAGAGUAGAAAUCUCCAACUCAAUCCCUCCGAAAUUGCCCAGAACAACCGCUUUACUGUAACCAGACGCUAUAGAGAUUUCUGUUGGGUCUAUAAACAGCUCCAACUUUCCCAUCCAGGUAGAAUUGUGCCACCUCCACCUGCAAAGAAAACGUAUAUUGGGCGUUUCAAUGAAAAUUUCAUAGAGAAUAGGCGAUUAUCGCUCGAGAAAAUGCUUGAAAAAAUGAGCAAGAACCAGUAUUUCGCCACUGAUCCAAGUUUUAUUAUCUUUUUGACUUCUGAGGAUUUUACUCGAGACUCCAAAGAACGAGAACGUACAGGAGGAGUUGUCCUAGAUGACUCUGGUGAAGUGGAAAAUGACGGGGCCCUGGCAACUUCUGUGGUGACGGGUACGAGCUCGGGAGGAUUCAUGAGCUCACUUUUCUCCAUCCCCACGAAACUACCGGAACCUGAUCUUUACUUUUCGAAGAAGAAAGCUUACAUCGAUGAUUUAGAGUACAAUCUUCGGACGUUCCAAAGGUCUCUCGACGAUAUUGCCCAUCAGCGAGUCGAGAGUGUGAGCAUGACCGAGGAAAUUGCAGUGGUUAUUGAUGAAUUGGCUGACCUUGAGAUUCUGAAGACUACUACGCUACUCUUGAAGGCAUUUUCAGACGUCCAUAUGAAACUCAAGGAAAAUCUUGACAGAAUCAAUCAACAGGAUCAGCUCACUCUCGGAUUUACUGUCGAGGAGCAUCUCAGAAUCAUUGGAUCAGUGAAACACAUCUUCGAAACAAGAACCAAGACUUAUAACCAGUUCCAUUCCUUUCAGCAAGAUCUCAUCAAAAAAGAGGAAUCGUUGAAUAAGCUCACUCAUAAGUACAAAUCCUCAACUGAAAAAAUCAAUAUGUUACAAUUCGAAGUCGACAAGUUGAAGCAAAAGACUGAGCAAUUCGAGAAGAGUUUUAACAGCAUCAGCGAGAUUAUUAAGGAAGAGAUGGAGAAUUUCGAGUUGGAGAGAAUAAGUGACUUCAGAAAUAGUGUGGAGAUUUACGUUGAAAGUAUGAUUGAGUCUCAGAAAGAAGCGAUCGAGCUAUGGGAAACCCUUUACGAAAGACAGCAAUUAGACAAAAUUUAA